UUUGUGUUUUGUUACUUUCAUAUUACGACAAUGAAUGGUAAAUAUUGCAAUUACGCCCGUGGAUUAAUUAAGAAUGCUUAAAUCUCACUGCAGUGUCAUUCCAUCAUAAAUAACUUGACCGAUGAAGACCGUUAACUGUGUUCGAAUUUCCUCUUCAGAAUAAUUUAAUGUGUGCCAAUCCAAUGACCAAAGAUCUACCACAUUCAACACAACAUGGAAACUACAGCAGGUACCGGUACAAAUCCACAUCCACCUCAGUGUGAUAAUGACAAGGUAGAAGUAAACAUUCAUAAUGACAACAUAGAACAAAACAUUCCGACAGAGAAAGAAUUGGGUUGUGGCAUUGUCAAUAAAAAUGAAAGUGAGUUGGGCAAUUUGGAAAGUGGGGUUGUGACAACUGAAGAUAUUGUGACAACUGAAGAGACUGAGGAUGAUACUCAAGGUGGAGGGUCUUUAGAGUCAGAGGAUAGCAGUGAAGGGACAGUAGUUACUAAAGUCAAGUACAGGACCUGGCAGAAUACCAGCUCAGAUAGCUGGGAGUCUGGGAAUGUGAUUUCUCCUGUAGAAGCAGAAGAGCUGGAAAAUGAUGCACUGGAACGGGAAAAGCAUGAUUCCAUGCGUGAAGGAGAAGAUGGGGGAGAGAGAGGAGGAUCUUCAGAGGAAUUGCCUAGGCCAGAGAGCUUGAAUCUUUCCCAAUCACUGCAACACUACGAGAAGAAACGGAGUCAGAGUGAUGGAGUAGCCAUUGAGUGUUAUAAUAAUUUGGCUAAUAUGCCUUCUGGGAAAAAGGACCCAGAGUUUGAUAACAUCGAGGAGACAAUGUUGUCCAAAAGUAUGCCGCAAGGAGUUGUUAUCAAGAAAGGGGAGUUGUUUGAGUUUGUGGCAGAUGAUUUGCAGGAGAAAAUCAGACAAAGCAGUCCUCUGCCAAAAACUGAAUCCAGUGGAUUGAGUAGCCGGACCUCCAGCUGUAGAAGCAUUGCCAGUAUAUCCAGUGGGAACUCCUCGGCCAUGGGAGCGUCCUUGACCUCUGAAAUGUCAAGGUCACCCAGCAGCCAGUUUCCCCACAGUCCGAUCGACAUUCCACCUAUUGACCCCAUGGCAGUGAUGGAGUUGGAGAUGGCGGCUAAACGAGUGGCCGACAAUGUGGACCUACUGAUGGGAAACCUCCGGUCAAAUCUACACAAGAUGUCAGCAAUCACGGUUGGAUGUUUGGAUGCCUAUAAGAAGUCUGUGGACACUACAUGUGAUUCAGUUGAUAGCAGUAUUAAGUCGAUGUAUGCUCUUAUGGCGAAAUGCGAGGAGUUGAGUAAAAGCAUGCAGCCUGUGUACCAGCUAGGCAAUCAAAUAAAAGAAAUCAAGAGACUUUUGGACAGGUUUGAAUCCCAGCUUUCAGAAAAAGGUGGCAAAACCAAGACAGGAUGAUUCUACAGUGCUCGUUAAAAUGAGAAGUAAACAACAUUGGAGUCAACAUCCAGUAGCUGUCAGUAAAAUCCAUCUUCAGUACACAGAGAUUACCUGCAGGCCAUUAGAUUUGACUUUUUGUCCAGUGUUGUUCUUACUCUCAAAUAAUGCAUUCCCAAUAUUGAAGAACUCAUCCUUGAUAAACUAUCCAUACAACCAACUACCCACAAGUUUUUUACACAGUUAAAAAACUGAUUGGUUCAAUGAUGUAUUUGGUUAUUUUGAUUUUUUUGUUUUAAAAGUUUAGCCCAGCCAAUGUUAUAAGAAACAGCUAGGAAGUAAACAAAGUUUUCUUGCAGUAGAAGAUUUGAUAUAAAAUUUUGUCAGGACAAUAUUCCAAUACUCUUGCUCAGAUAUUAAUUCAAUGCUACAUUGUAUUUCUAUUCAAAGCAUGCUUGUCACUUUGUUUUUUAUAUUUACUCAAACUAGUGUACAUAAUUGCAGGGUCAUGUGCAAUAUAAUAAUAUUUUCCUUUUUUAUCAGAAGAGCCUCAUGUUAUUUUCCUUGUCAUGUAACAUUGGUGUCUCACUUACCUCAUUUUAGGAUAUAUGAAAUAUGAGCAUACAGUGUAUAUAAAAAUAAAAAGAUUUCAUUGACAAACA